UUGAGUGCAGAGUGAAUCGAGUGAGUCCGCGCGAAAUGCACGCGCCCAAACGAACAACCCUCCCCAGCACCUCAACGCCCAGCCACUCCAGCCACACACAACAACCCUUGGCGACCAUGUCCGCAACAAUCCUCUCCCAACCCUACGCCUCCUCCAGCGACGACGACGACGGCGACGAGGACUUCAUUCCCGACGCCGCAGACAAUAACGACAACGACGACGAUGGCUCGGGAUCUAGCGACGACGACGAACGGGAGGUUUAUGAGGGUGGUGAGGGUGACGGGGCAAAACGCAAGAGGAGUGGAGGAGCGGGCGGGAGGGGGAGGAAGAGGACGAGGAUAGGUGAUAACGAGGAUGAGGGCGAUACAGGGGAUGAUAAUAACGAUACCGAACGCGCUGAAGAAGAGCGAAAGCGGCGCGUUGAAGCGCUUUGGAGGGAGAUGAAUGCGUCGGCUACGAUGAAGCCUCGGACAGCCGCAUCCCGGACUACAUCAUCAUCAGCAGCACCAUCACCAUCCCGCCCACCCCCACCGCCCACACCACAAUCAACUGGAUCCGCACCUCCCCCUGUAUCACCCGCCCCCACAUCCACCGCCCCCCGACCCCGCCGCUCCUUCCUCCUCGCCCUCGCAGCAAAAUACGGCCUCGCAGACGCCGCUAAGCUCACCGUCCUCGAAAAAAGCAAAAUGGACUGGAAACGCCAUGUGGAGGCGCAGGGGGACGUGCAUGAGUUGAGCAGGGCCAGGAGGAACGGGUACCUGGAGAAGGUCGAUUUCUUGAAACGCACGGACGAACGGCAGGCAGAGAUUGUGCAGCAGCUGAAGAAGGGACGGCCAGGGAGGAGGGGUGUGGCGUGAGGGAGGGAAGGAGUAAGGGAAGGAACUUUGCUGUCAACAUAUCGCUGGCGGCUCCGUAUCGGUGACCGAGCGCUGUACGUUUUACGAUUUGGCAAAUGUACACCAAACUCGGUCACUUAGUUUGCGGUGAGUUUUUGGAAAGGUUAGAUGCGCUCGAUGGGUUGGAAAGGAGCAGUGCUCCUUUUUUGGAUCGAAUAUAUGCAGUUUGUUCACUUGUACCAUGACUCAACACGUAACAUCCGAAUACAUACAUCAAAAGCUAUG